CUUGCCAAAUCCCUCUCUGCACACCCUAUGAUCUCUUCACGAUCUCAGUGACGCCUUUCCCUCACCCGAUUUGCACCACCUCUUCCUUCCUUUUUACUACCUCCCCAAUCGGCUCUUCUCCUCUCCCUUCUCCACCGGCAUUCCCCCUUGGCCGAUCUCCGUCUUCCCUCCUCCCUCCUCUAAGAUCCGACAGAUGGGUGGGAUGUGAUCGUCGAGGCAGUGAAUGCCUUGCACCCGUCUACGACGAUGGGCACAGCGUUGGCAUUACAGCAGGGCCUCCUAGCAGCAUGCAUCGCCCUACCUCAAGAUCAUGGCGAUGGCAUCCAGGUUGUUGUUGGCUUCGAGGGCUGCCUCCGACCUCAAGAUCUCCACCUGCCCUAGAGCCUUCUCCACAUGAUGGGGGAGGGGGGAGAUCGAACAUUGACAUUCGACACUUAUCCUUGAAAACUGUAACCAAAAUUGCUUCUCCAAGGGCUGCGUCAGCACCUCAGUUUCUUGCAUCUCCUCCGGUGCCGAAUUGCUCAUUGGAUGGGUUCUCUCAGUGGAGGAUGGUGAAGCUACCGAACACAGAGAAUGCCACCGCCGUGGGGAAUAGGACGCUCAACGAGUGCAGAGACUUUUGCUCCUGGAAUUGUUCUUGCAUGAUGUGGUGAGGUGAUUUAAUCGACAUGAGGACAUUCUCACAAGGCGGUGAUGAGCUUUUUGUUAGCCUUGUUACAGCUCCUGACAUCUAUAA